AUGCACUACCAUUGCAAGAAAUCACCUUGUGAAAGAUGGGUCUCUGGUACUUCAGACAUUUGGCUAGUGUGGAUACCCAUGCUGCAGAAGGUUGCCUGUCUCUGUGGACUGCACAGCGGGAGUGACGUCGGCGACAACGAGGUUGAGGAGGACGGCAAUGAGGACGAUGACGAAGAGAGAGGCGAUGUUGUAGGUGAGGCGGAAGGCCCAGAUGAAGGCGACCAUAAGGUGGCGCUAUACCUUGUGGACGACGGAGAGGACCUUGGCGAAGGAGAGCUCCUUGGCAGUGUAGAUGAAGGUGACAGAGUAGACGACAACGGAGGUGGAGAGGACGAAGAGGACGAGAAGGGCACGGAGGUAGGUGACCUUAAAGAGGAGAAAGGCGAACCAUUCAGACGAGAGGCAGAAGAGGAUGGCGGAUUAGGAGGGGGAGCCUAG